AUGCCCAUCUUUCAAGAUUCCGAAAGCCGGCAGUUCUACGACCUCUGGUCUGAUGACCCGCGAAUGACUCAGGACGACUCUCACCUCAAACCCAGCUGGCCGGAUUCCCAUGAUGUUUACGCAGGAUCAUCAGAUCAGAGGACCAGCGUCUUCUACGGACGUCAUCCAAGAAGCCCCAGCCCGACGAGACUGAAUGCGCAUGAUCGAGAGGAAUUGAUACAUUAUAUAAAAGCUGCGGAAACUACAAAAUGGUCGCAGUAUUGCUCGUUAGGAGACCGGGUUGGUCACCACGUGCUUCAUUCUCACGAGGUUCCGGUGACGAGGGAACAGAGUACCGGAAACAGCCUAUAUCAAGAUUUCCGGGACCACGAUUCGGAGCUUGCGUCACCAGCGGAAAUAGAGCGUCCUCGUUCGGCCCUCCACUCCGGCGACUUUCGGGAGGGAACGCCUCAACUAGAGCGGCAGCAGCAUUCACCGCAAUCACCAAUACCUGACCGGGGCAUUAACAAUGGGCUACCCUUCUUCUCCUCGUCUCCUACAUCUCCGUGGUUCGCCGCUCCCUCCUUUCCGCCGCGCACCCAAACGGCCCCGCUACAAGCACUCGAAGCGAGAGUAACCGAGGCGAAUCGUACACCUGCGCCGUCGCUUGCGCCGUUCUCAUCCAGCUAUGUCCUGAAGGCGCCGACAAGCCCUCUAGUCCAUCAGGCGAAUAACACAGACUUGGACUUCUCUACUCGGACAGAUUCCAAUAAUCGACUAACCUUGUUUGACAAGACGAACCGUCGGCGGACCCUUCCGCCGGACUCAUUCAGAGACCUGCAGACAGACUCUGCAGAUUCCGGGGCGAAUUGUCCGAUACGCUGGGACUCCUUGUCCAGCAACUCACAGUGCUCUCGUCGGUCUUUGGCUUCCUCGUACAGCCUUCAGCUUGCCUCAUCAGUUCAGGGCCAUUAUACGAAGUCUCGGAGGCCGUCGAUAUCGGCCGAGUUGAUUUCCAGGACUCAUGCCCCGAUGGUUGGGUCGUAUGAGGAGUCUAUCCUCCGUGGGAGGAUGUCAACUUGCCCGUCCAAACCCCUGGAUUUCACCGCACAAAUUGGUGUUUUGGGCAAGGGCAAGACCAAGGGAAGCCUCAAAUGUCCUCCGCACGUUACGGUUCGGUUCCCUGCGGUCUUCUACAGCUACCCUACGUCUGGAAAUGGGCGCACGAUCUCUGAUGAUAGUCCCAGCCCUUAUGUGGGAAUGAUCGACCUUGAGAACUCGCUGCCGAAGGAUACUUCGUGCCACAGUCGGCGCCGUAGGCGCCAUCAAGAUCCAGUCGAGAUUUCAAGCUCUCACAAUAAUGACGAAUCGAUGCGGACCAAGCACAAUGAUCGGGAAGCUAUACGCCGAAGAGAUAAGAGGCACAGAAGGGCAGAGUCCCCGAAAGCUCCUGCAGGUGGUUGCUAUCGGAUCCCGCAGCAGGGCCAAUUGCAGGUCAUGAUCAAGAACCCGAACAAGACUGCCGUUAAGCUAUUCCUUGUUCCGUACGAUUUGAGCGAUAUGGAACCCGGGACAAAGACAUUCAUCCGACAAAGGAGUUACUCGGCUGGUCCGAUUAUAGACAUGCCAUUGUCUGCUCGAUCAAAUUACGGUACUGAUCGUCCUGAGGCAUCGUUGACGAACUCCGACGACCCGAAUGAAAAACCGGUCUUGCGAUAUUUAAUCCAUCUCAAUAUUUGUUGCCCAUCAAGAGGCCGUUACUAUCUUCACUCUAGCAUCCGUGUUGUAUUCGCUAACCGGGUGCCCGAUGGCAAAGAGAAGCUUCGAAAUGAGAUUCAGCACCCCGAACCACGUUAUUCACCAUACAAACCGUCUCGUGAGCCUACCUCGCUACGCGUAAGUACAAAAUUCAGCGCAGACAAAGGUGAACAGAGACCGUCACCUCGGCCCCCAAGCUAUCGUGCAACUGAUGAUUGCCCACCUCACCCGUUCCGGCCUAUCCCCUCGAUCCGCGCUGAUGUCGUCGGACUCGAGAAUCUGGUCCCAGCUCAAACAUCCUCUCCUGGACCGGAGCUUUACAAUAAACUUGGCAGAGGGGAUGCAGGAUAUGGCGGGUAUCAAGUAGGAUCCAUUGCGAGCCCUGAAGGCGAAAGCCUGCUAGCCAGGAAGCUUCGAGGGCUCGAUGUUCAAAAGUCAGACUCUUCUUGAGAGGCAUCUAUCGUAAAGAAAUCAUCAGACCAGCUUGCCUCCUGAUCGAAAGCCUCCCUCCGGAGUUAACCCGGUAAAUCUCGGCCUGUCGCUGCUGCUUAACUUCGCUUGGACAGAACUGUAACAAAACAACUAUUUAUUGUUGAGCCAGACUAACAUAUGAUCCAAAGGUUCGCUAUGCGGGUCGCACAACGCAACAUGUUCUCCUCAGUUUAGUGCCUAUAUGGCACAGUCGAGAUUGAAUCAGGCAUUUAUUACUGUCUGUACUCGUUCUUGGAGCCGUCUCACUCGUGUUGUAAGGGUUUCGGAUUAUUCAAUUCCUGAUAGUUACACAUCACUGUUUCGUUGUUUCAAUAGGUAGUC